UUUCUCUUUCUCUUCUGGUCCAAGGUGCUUUGGGAGCCGCUGGCUUCGGUGUAGACAUGGCCAAGUCCAAGAACCAUGCCACGCACAACCAGUUGCGAAAACGGCACAGAAAUGGCACCAAGAAACCCCAGUCCCCAAAAUAUGAAUCUCUUAGGGGUAGAGAACUCAAGUUCCUGAAGAACAUGCGCUUUGCCGAGAAGCACAGCAAGAAGCGCCCGAAGAAGACGCAGGCCAACAAUGCCAAGACCAUGAGUGCACGUGUGGAGGUCUUCAAGGCCCUCGUCAAGCCCAACAUCCCAAAGACGUAGCCACAAAUUCAAUCAACUUGACUGCACCGCUCAC